AGAAGUCACUCCACCGGGUGUUGGGUUGGUUUGCUAAAUCGCUAGCAUCGCUCACAGCCUCGGUCAACUAGAAAAUCAAUCUCGACACUUUAAUUCCUUUAAUUUUCAAUGAAUUCGAAUCAAAUCACAGAGAUUACAUAUCGUAGGAGGUCGGAGUAAGAUAUUUAGUCAUUUCAGUGGUCUAUCCCCAGCGUUUCCCAGUAUGACUUCUCGUCGGCCUGACAGCUUUGACGGUUUGGGUUACAGGGGCAGGGAGGAUCCGUCAUUCAGCGGGGGUUAUUCAGGAAGGUCAUUCAAUAAUUCAUCCAGUGCUGAUCUCCAGCACUGGGUCACUACACCUCCAGAUAUACCUGGCAGCCGAAACCUGCAUUUUGAUGAUCGCACACCCCAAUUUGAGACGGCAGCUGGAGCAGAAGAGACUCAGUCAACGGCUCCACCGUCCGAGCAGCUGAACCGAUUUGCGGGGUUCGGGAUAGGCCUUGCUAGCCUCUUUACAGAAAAUGUGCUGGCCCACCCCUGCAUUGUGUUUCGGCGUCAAUGUCAGGUUAACUAUCAUGCCAGGUGUUACCACUUAUCACCGAUGACAGCCAUCAGCGUGAUGUACAACGUCACAAAAACUCAGGGUCCGAAGGCAUUAUGGAAAGGAAUGGGCAGCACUUUUGUGGUACAGGGAGUCACCCUUGGAACUGAGGGAAUUAUCAGUGAAUGCACUUCAUUGCCAAGGGAGUUGUCACACAAGUGGGUCCCCAAACAAGUUGUGGGACAUUUAGUACUCAAAGGUUUGACAUAUGUGGUUGCGAUGCCGUUUUACUCAGCAAGUCUCAUAGAGACUGUACAGAGUGAAAUAAUCCGAGACAAUCCUGGCAUCCUAGACUGCGUGAAAGAAGGAAUUGGGCGUGUGAUGGGAAUGGGCAUACCCCACAGCAAGCGCCUCCUUCCUCUCUGGAACCUGGUUUUCCCGACAGUGCUCCACGGCAUCCUUCACUACAUCAUCAGUUCCAGCGUACAGAGGCUGGUUCUUUACCUGCUGCGUCGGAAUAACGGCUCGCAGAAGCCCCUGUCUUCUGAUUCGGGCAUGGACACGGUCCAGUCGAUGCUGGAUGCCUACUUCCCUGAGCUCAUGGCCAGCUUUGCAGCCAGCUUGUGUGCCGAUGUGCUGUUGUUUCCUUUGGAAACUGUGUUGCACAGGCUGCACAUCCAAGGAACGCGCACCAUCAUUGACAAUACUGACCUGGGUUUCGAAGUGUUGCCCAUAAACACACAGUAUGAAGGAAUGAGAGACUGUAUCAACGCCAUUCGGCGGGAGGAGGGAACCUUGGGUUUCUAUAAAGGCUUCGGCUCCAUCGUGGUGCAGUACUCACUUCACGCCGCCGUGCUGCAGAUCACCAAAAUGAUCUACUCGACGCUGUUGCGGAAUGCGUGAGUGAAACAAAUUCGGUGGGGUUAUGUUCUGGGUUUGUUCGAAGGUCGGGUUGGACAUUCCAAAAAAGUGACUCAUUUUGCGAAUUAGUGAGGUUUUUUUUUGCCUCUUCUGUGAUUUGUCAGCUUACCUAUGUUAUUUCUCACCAAGCACUGGUUGUCAAGGCAAUUGCACGACUCAUUUUAUUAGCAGUAAUGCAGCUGUGCUCCCUUGUUAGUGAACAUGCCCCCAUAGUAAGACUGCAUUUUAAUAACUCUUAUGGUAACCCCAACCCCACUUUACCAUCACAAGCGGCAGAACAUUUCAACUGCUGUAAUUGUUUUUCGUCACUUCACUGGACAUUAGCACUCAUAAUGUGAUUUGAACAUGGCAGCAUUGGUUGAGGGACUGUGCAAAGUUCUUAAGGCAGGUAUGGAAUGGAUGUCAUUAAAAUAUUAUUUGCAUCUUUGUGAAACUUGUGAUCGUGUAAUAGUAACUUGCUAUAAAAGCUAUUCAUUUCAGAUUCUCGAAUUUGUAACUGUUAUAUACACAAACGCAUGUGUAAAACUAACCGACGUCUGGUAUUUGGGUGAGAAAAUGAAGAAAGUUCUAUAAUAAAGUUCUAAAUUAUUGUGCAUCAUGCUCUAAAAUGUCUAAAGUCUGUUUUGUGUGAAAACCUUGUUUUUAAAACUGAAUUGUCUUUGUUGCAUGUUUUAAAGCAGUGGUUCUCAAACUGAGGGCCCCAAGAUGGAUCCAGGGGGACCCGGGGCACAGUUUUUGUUGGUGUUUUUUGAAAUAUAGAAAUGUAUCAUAAAUUUGUGCAAUCAAACAUCAGAAAAGGCCACCAAUCAAAAUAAUUCAUGCUCCAGCAUUGUGUAAAUUGAAAAUAUUUUUGGUGUAAUUACAAUUCUAUGUUACUGUAUAAGUCCUUUUGGGGGGGCACAAAGGAAAAGACCCUAUACAAUGGGGGCUUACAACAAAAUUGUUUAUAGAAGUUCUAUCAAAUAAACAACCUGUUAAGCUGUAUUUUUAAUAGGGCUGUCAACAUCAACGUGUUAAAGCAUGCGAUUAUUAUUAUUUUUUUAAGAUUAACGUGCAGCAUUCAUUUUUGUUGUCAUUCUUCAUCUUGCGUUACAUUAUAUAAUCACGCUCUCAUUCAUGUAAAGGCCUUUAAACCAUUAAGCGCGAUUUGAAACCGUUGCUCUGACGGGGUUCGGUGUAGAAAGACAGCGCCUACCCGCGCGGCUGCCGGUGUGAUCCUUCGCUGCCGGUGUGAUCCUUCACUGCCGGUGAUCCUUCUGGGCGGGGGGCGAAACGCUCCAAGGCCAGACUUUCGCAAUCCAGUUUAUCUGUGGGACGCGGCACACCGCAACGCGACAGCGGUCCAGUCUGUGGCUUUGUUAGUGAAUCUCUGUCAGCAUCGCUCGACGCAUGCUCGUUCUGACGUAGAACCUGUGUGGUCAGAACGCGCAUUCGUUGAGCGAUGCUGAUACCGGAUGCACUGUCAUGUGGCUCGUGUGUUUGGUUGCGUUGCAAUCUAUGGAGGAGUCAGAAAGCUCCCAAAACUACCUUAAUUUGCGUUCUGGGGACAAACGGAGGUUCUAGUGAUGUUAAACUACAGAAUGCAGAAUUUUCAUUUUUGGUCAGAGUUCCCCUUUAAUUAAGGCAGUGGUUCCCAAACUUUUUACAAUGGCUACCCCCCAGGGACUUAAUAUCAUUCUGCGUACCCUCUUUCUUACAGUAACAAUUGUGGUCUCAAACAUUUUUUUAUUUGCAUUUUAAAUACAUUUAAUUUUCUUUUAUCAAACA